AUGGAUCCAUUCGGGUUAUAUUUCUACAAUACCACUUUCAAUGCAUAUGUUCUUGGAAUUGGUGGUGGUAGUCCUUAUCAAAACAUGAUGUUAAGAACCGAUAACCAAAUUCAUUGGGUUUGGGAUGCUAAUCGCAACGACCCAGUUCGAGAAAAGGCUACUCUCACUUUCAGUAGAAAUGGUAACUUAGUCCUUGCUGAUGUCGAUGGUCGUAUAGUUUGGCAAACUUACACAGCCAACAAAGGUGUUACCGGAAUUAUCAUGAGAAAAUAUGGGAAUUUAGUACUUCAUGACAAAAAUGGGAGGUUUGUUUGGCAGAGUUUCCAGCAUCCAACUGAUACCCUUGUUGCAGGUCAAUCACUUCAGCUCAAGGGUAAUAGUAUAAAACUCGUUAGUCGUACAUCAAACCGCAACAGUUGUGAUGGUCGUUAUAGUAUUGUGAUCGAUGACAAACACGGAUUGACGAUGUAUAAAAACACUUCGGGUAAACUUGUUCGAUAUGCAGGUUGGGAAGCAAAGGGUGUUUCUAAUGUAACAUUUCAUUCUGUUACAAGAAUUGAUCCGGUUCAACCAGAACCGAGUUUCGAAGAAAAGGGUAAUACAAGUUAUUUCCUAUCUCUAGGUUUCUCUGCGGGGGAGAAAGCAAAAACUCACUCUAAAAGAGUUAUACUCAAAAUAAUGGCGACUACUUUUGGUCACUAUUCACAUCUUAGAUUAGAAUCAGAUGGAAACCUAAAAGUUUAUAGCUACACUUUACGACAAAAUUUUCCAGAGGAAAGUUCUUGGAAAAAAGAUUAUGCAUUCUUCGGAGAUACCGUGAAAGAAUGUGCAUUAAGAUCUAAAUGUGGUACAUCUGGGAAGUGCUAUGGGAGACUGUGUAGUGCUUGCCCUCGUAACCGUUCGUCAGGUUGCAUGAUCACUUCAUGA